AGGCGGCGGGAGGGCGGAGGAGAAAAGGAAUAAUAAUUGGGGACAAGAGAGAAGUAAAAGCAGAUGCUAUGGUGGGGUCAGAUUGAAGAGAGACAUUCUACAGUGGAACACACACUGAGGUUAGGAAAACAGCGUCCAGCGAGGGUAGACCAGUGGAAACAAGGCUUGAGGAGAGGUGAUCUGUUGUUGCUUUUCUUCUUGGUACAUUGAAAAUAUAUUUUUUCCACCAUUGCUAACAACAGUUUACAAUUCAACUUGUCACUGAGAGGAAGAUGAAAACUUGGGAGUCAAAUGGAAUUUAACUGAGAUUUCAUCAUUCAGGCCAGAGUCAAUUCCUGGGAACUUCUGCAGUGCUCACAAUAUGGAGUUAUAGCUUCUCCUCUUCUGCAUCAUCACACAUCCUAUUUCCUCCAACAGGCUCAGUUUUACUCUCGGGGAUUAAUUCCAAAGUGCUAUUGAUGAAAAGGAGGGGGCAGACUGUCACGCUUGGUCAUUUGAAUUGUGCAACAGUAUUGGAAAAGAUCAUUUUCUUCCUCCUUGAUUGAAUCUGCAAAUUAAAAUAAACAUUGUGAACUGAAAGUGAGCAUGGUAGGAUCUUGAGCAUAUGGUGCUUCGCCACCGAGGAAGGUGAAGGAUGGCAUCCAGAGAGAGGCUUUAUGAACUGUGGAUGCUCUAUUGCAAUAAGAAAGACCCCGACUACUUGAAGCUCUGGUUGGACAGUUUUGUUUCUAGUUAUGAACAAUUUCUGGAUGUGGAUUUUGAGAAACCGCCCACUAGGGUGGAUGAUGUUCCCCCUGGAAUAUCGCUGCUUCCUGAUAACAUUCUUCAGGUCUUGAGGCUCCAGCUGCUGUACUGCGUCCAGAAAUUGUCAGAAGGGUUGGAAGAACCACAGCAAGCCUUGUCGCUUCUCCUUGUCAAAUUCUUCAUUAUUCUUUGCCGAAAUUUGGCUAAUGUGGAGGAGAUUGGGACUUGUUCCUACAUUAAUCAUGUCAUUACGAUGACUACACUCUAUAUUCAGCAGUUAAAGAGUAAAACAAAGGAGAAAGAAGUAGCUGAUCAAACGCCCAUAGAAGAGUUUGUAAGACAUGCACUGGCUUUUUGCGAAGGCCUCUACGACCCCUAUCGAAAUUGGAGGCAAAGAAUUGCUGGGCGAAUUCUAAGCAGUGUUGAGAAAAGCAGGCAAAAGUACAAACCAGCUUUACUCACGGUGGAGUUUGUCCCUUUCUUUUACCAGUGUUUUCAAGAAAGCGAGCAUCUCAAAGAGAGCCUGAAGUGUUGUCUGUUGCAUCUCUUUGGAGCUAUCGUGGCUGGUGGGCAGAGAAAUGCUCUUCAAGCCAUUUCUCCUGCCACCAUGGAAGUCUUGAUGCGCGUAUUGGCAGACUGUGACAUGUGGAAUAACAGGGACCCAGAUGAAGUGAGCAGGAAGGCAGAGCUGACGCUUAAGUGCCUGACGGAAGUGGUUCACAUCCUUCUAACCAGCAGCUCAGAUCAGCGGCAAGUGGAAACCAGUACCAUAUUGGAGAACUACUUCAAGUUGCUCAACUCUGACCAUGCAGCUUUGCCUAACUCACGGAAGUCUUGGCAGUGGGAGAGCAGAUUCAUAGCACUACAGAUCCAAAUGCUGAAUACCAUCACUGCCAUGUUAGACUGCACAGACAGGCCUGUUCUACAAGCUAUUUUCCUUAAUAGUAACUGCUUUGAACAUCUGAUUCGACUGCUGCAAAACUGCAAGCUGUUUUUAAAUGCUAACAGUCAGGUGGCAGACAAGAAUGAGAAAGACCUUGCCAACAAAUUACUGACAGAAAUGAAUCAGGAACAGGUAUUUCAGGGACAGCUAGACUGCUUGGCAGUGUCAGCCAUUCGAGCCCUUACGGCAGUGAUGCACAAAUCUCCUGCUGCUAAGGAAGUGUUUAAGGAACGAAUUGGUUAUGCCCAUAUCUUUGAAGUCCUAAAAUCUAUGGGUCAGCCAUCACGAGAACUACUUGAAGAACUUAUGAAUAUGGCCGUUGAAGGUGACCACGCAUCUGUUGGAAUGUUGGGCAUAAGCAACGUCCAGCCCUUGUUGCUCCUGAUUCAGUGGCUUCCAGAGCUUGAGUCACACGAUCUUCAGGUUUUCAUCUCAAACUUGCUGAAGCGAAUUUGCUGUAUUAACAGGCAGAGUCGAGCAAUAUGUGUCAAUACGAACAUGGUCAUCCGUAUCGUGGAGACCCUCGGUAAACACUCUCUGCUCCACAGAGCCUGUGCUGAGAACCUAAUUGCCCUCUUGGGUUCUUUGGGGAGUCAGUCGAUGAGCUCUGAAGAAUUGCUCCAGCUCAUUAGGCUGUUGAGGACUAAGGAGCCGAAGCAAGCUCACCCCUAUGUUGUCCCCGUCAUGCGUGCAAUUCUUACAAUGGCUCGGAAGCAAGGCCUGGACAAUGCCUUGCAGUAUUUUGAUUUGUCCCAUAGUAUGGCGGGCAUUGCAGUGCCACCUAUUCAGAAAUGGCCAGGCUCUGCAUUCGCUUUCAGUGCUUGGCUAUGCUUGGACCAAGACCAAAUGACACCUGGCAUCAGCAGCAAGGGUGCCAAGAGGAAGCAACUCUACAGCUUUUUUACAGGCAAUGGGACGGGGUUUGAGGCAUUUAUUACCUGUUCAGGAAUGCUAGUGGUUGCUGUGUGUACAAAGAAGGAGUAUGCGACUGUGAUGCUGUCAGACCAUUGCUUCUGUGAUUCUCUCUGGCACAAUAUAAGCAUUGUUCAUAUGCCGGGGAAAAGGCCCUUUGGUCAAAGCCUUGUCUAUAUUUAUGUAAAUGGACAGCAGAAGAUCUCAGCACCCCUCAGAUUUCCUGCCAUGAAUGAACCUUUCACUUCUUGCUGCAUUGGUUCUGCUGGUCAAAGGACAACCACUCCUCCACCAUCACAGAUCCCAGAUCCUCCUUUUUCAUCCCCUGUUAUGCCUCAUCGGACAUCACUUGGUGGGAUUCUCAGCCCAGGCACCUGGGGUGGGCUGCUGGGGAAGCCUGAACUCGUCACCAAGCUGAUCUCAGCAGGAACUCAGGACAGCGAAUGGGGAUGCCCUACCUCUCUGGAAGGCCAGCUUGGAUCAGUUAUCAUAUUUCAUGAAGUAUUACAGCCUUGUCAUGUGAAAGCAUUGUAUUUGGCAGGUCCAAACUGCUUAACUCCAUGGAAAUCUCAAGAAUCUGAAAUGGCAGAUUUGCCCACUAAAAUGCUUCUUCAUUAUACUCCCAAGGCUUGCAGAAGCCCAAUAUGUCUUGACCUUUCUACAAAUCUUCUACAUGGAAGACUAACAGGGAACAAAGUUGUGAACUGGGACAUCAAGGAUAUGAUCAAUUGUAUAGGUGGAUUAAAUGUGCUGUUCCCACUGCUAGAGCAGAUCAGCUUCCUUGAUGGACAAUUACCUGAGAGGCGUGACAUGGAAUCUGUUCCCCCUGAAUUGCUAACGCCUGUAGAAGGAGAUUGGGUGGUGGUAACCUCUACCAAGGCUUCAGAGGCUCGUUUAGAGAAGAACAUUGUUGCAACGUUCAUUUUGAUGAUAAAGCACUUUAUUCAAAGGCAUCCAAUCAAUCAAGAUAAUCUUGUUCACUCACAUGGAGUGGCAACCUUAGGAGCCCUUUUGCAGAAGGUGCCAAGCAGCUUCAUGGAUGUGAAUGUACUCAUAGCAGUUCAGUUACUGAUAGAGCAAGUCUCAGUGGCAAAAAACGUGCAGCUUUUGCAGCAGAUGUAUCAACACUUACUUUUUGACUUCAGCAUCUGGAAUCGUGGAGACUUCCCAUUCCAAAUUGGUCAUAUCCAGUACCUUUCUACAAUUAUCAAAGAUAGUAGGAGGCUUUUCCGAAAAAAGUAUGGCGUGCAGUUUUUACUGGAUACAUUGAGGAUUUAUUAUGGAAACAGCUAUAAAGACAGUGACUUGACGCCAGAUGACCUUAGAACAAUAAGAACAUCUCUGUAUGGAUUAAUCAAGUACUUCCUGAGCAAAGGUGGGGCGCAUGAGGAAGUGCAGAGCAUCAUGGGAUAUGUAGCAGCCAUCAAUGAAGAGGAACAGCUCUGUAGCAUCCUAGAUGUGCUCUUCAGCCUGCUUCACACCAGCCCAACCCGAGACCAGCUUUUCUUGUUGCUUUUUGAGCCAGGAAAUGCAGACAUCCUUUAUGCUUUGCUGCUGAAUCAGAGGUACUCGGACAGACUAAGGGAGCUUGUAUUCAAGAUCGUGGAGCAGAUGCUGAAGUGCACCAAAGUCUAUGAACGGAGCAAACAGCGUAUGAAACUCGGAGAAGUUGGGUAUUCUGGGCUGGGACUGCUCCUGAAUGAAUCGCCAGUUACCGCAUCUCUUAUUAAGAACCUUCUCAACCAAGUUCUUCAUGCAGAUCCAGUUGUGAAUUACAGAGACUUCAUAGCUGUGGUACAUCUGGCUCACAGAGCAAAUAUAAAUGUCAGGGUGGCCAUCUGUCGAAAGCUUUUGCAAAUCCUCCAUACCCAGCAAGAUGCAGCACAACAGAUUUCUCAACAGCUUGGCUGGCAGGAGACCUUGGCUAGACUCUUCCUAAAAGAGAAUGCUGAUGCCAGGAAUGGUGUUAGGGAGAGCAGAAGUGACUCUGCUAGAGAGGAUGAAAAGCAAAUGUCUGACAAAGAGCUUCAGAAGCAGCGUUCUUCAAAGGCAGAUGGAGGAGAUGCUACCAGUUUUGUGUCUGUUAACGGUUCAUGCGAUCAGUGGAGCUUAGAAGAUGGCAAAUCUGUGACGAUGCUGGAAGAUCCUUCUAUGGUAGAGAUGUCAUUUAAGUUGGAGGAUCGAGAUGAGUUAUGGCAAAAGAACCCUUCACAGUUGAGCUUAGACCUGUCAAGUGUUGACUCUUAUGAACUGGGUGACAAUGGGAGUCAGAUGGCAGAUAGCCUGCCCAGCACCCCUUCACCUAUUGAGAACACCAAGACUUUUUCUGGACACCUUCACAAAGAACCUUACGCUGCUGCGGAGGUGGUGUUCCCUGCAGAUCUCUCAUUAUUUGAAAUUCAUGAGGCAUGUGAAGAAGAUCUUGUACAACUGCUCACAGAUGUCCUGCUCUGUGUGAUGUGGAAAGGCAUAGAAAGAUCUGAUGAUGAUGCUUGGAUUGAGAGGGGGCAAGUUUUUUCUGCCCUCACCAAAUUGGGGAUAUCCAAUGAGCUAUUACAACCAUCAGAUGAAAUAAAACUCAAUUUGCUCGAGAAGAUGCUGGAAUGGGCUGUCACAGACAGCAGGGAUGCUAAAUCUCUCCCGAUGUAUGCAGAAAAUGCCUUUCGGCUUCUGCUAAUUGUGCAAGAUUUCCUGCAAGCAGAAGGUCUUGUUAAUUCAAGUCUGUGGACAGAAAAGCUCUUGGAAGAGCUAGUGACUCUCAUGGACACCAUGUCAGUCUGGUACUCUUCUGGCCCAGAGUAUGUGAAGUUCUAUCAAGUACAGGCCCAACUUCUCCUUGGAUUCAUUGGACAAGAUAAUUUACAGGUUUGUGCAAUGGCUGCAGCCAAGUUAAACACUCUUCUUCAGACCAAAGUACUUGAUAACCAAGCCGAAUCCUGCUACCUCCUGGGCAAGUUGGAAGGCAUCCUGAGCAGAUCCAUCAAAGAAAAGACAGAAACAUACUCCUUCUUGAUCCCUCUUGUUCGAACGCUGGUUUCCAAAAUAUACGAGCUUCUGUUUAUGAACUUGCACUUGCCUUCCUUGCCUUCUACCAAUGGGAGUCCUUCCUUUUUUGAGGACUUCCAGGAUUAUUGCAACUCUGCAGAAUGGCAGAUUUAUAUUGAUAAAUAUAUUAUUCCAAAUAUGAAGCAGUAUGAACUCAGUACUUUCAGUGAUGGCCAUGAACAUAUGGCAGUAUAUUGGAAGGAUUGUUACGAGGUGUUGAUGGUGAACAUCCAUAAGCGGGAGCGGGAGCAAGGAGAAAGCAAGCUCAAAUUUCAGGAGUUUUUUGUGGAGCCAUUUAACCGAAAGGCACGGCAGGAAAACAUGUGCUACAACAGCAUGCUAAAACAACUGAAUAAUCAGCACACAACAACUCUCAGGCAGUGGAGGGCUGCCAAACUCUACCUUACUUGUGAGCAGGGCCCCUGGGCUGAAAGGAAGCUGAAUCGUAUUCACUGGAAACUUUCAAAUGUGGAAAAUUACUCACGAAUGAGGCUAAAGUUAGUACAAAAUUACAAUUUUAGCUCUCACCAAGAAGCCAGUGCCCUGAGGGAUAAUCUAGGAGUGCAUCAGGCACCACCAUCAAGUGAGACUUUGCUUCUGGAGGCUGUGAAGCAAGUGAAAGUCAGCGAUAUGGAGGAUGAUAUACUUGAACUGCCAGAUGAAGACCCAGCAUCUAGUGCGAACAUGGAUGAAAAGGAAGAGCAAAGUCAGAAAGAAAGGUUUGUGCUCUCUGAAGACUGUGAACUUAUUACAAUCAUUAAUGCCAUCCCUGGCAGACUGGAGGUCACUACCCAGCACCUUUAUUUCUAUGACAGCAGCAUUGAAAAAGAGGAAGGUAUAGGUUUUGAUUUCAAAUGGCCUCUUUCUCAAAUUCGAGAGGUUCAUUUGCGUCGCUAUAAUUUGAGGAGGUCAGCUUUGGAGAUCUUUAUUGACCAGACUAACUACUUCCUGAACUUUAAAAAGGAGGCAAGAAAUAAAGUGUAUAGCCGAAUUCUGUCUCUAUGUUCUCCAAAUAUUAGUGGGACAAGAUCUCCACAAGAAUUGUUUAAAGCUUCUGGACUAACCCAGAAAUGGGUGAACAGAGAGAUAUCAAAUUUUGACUACCUCAUUCAAUUAAAUACAAUGGCAGGACGAACCUAUAAUGACCUUGCGCAAUAUCCUGUAUUUCCAUGGAUCCUGCGGGAUUACAUUUCAGAAGAAUUGGAUCUCAAUAAUCCCGCUGUGUUUAGGGAUCUGUCCAAACCCAUUGGGGUGGCAAAUGAAAAGAAUGCCAAGGCUGUACUGGAAAGGUAUGAGAACUUUGAAGAUCCCCUUGGAAUUAUUGACAAAUUCCACUAUGGUACUCACUACUCAAAUGCAGCUGGAGUCAUGCAUUACCUCAUUCGGGUAGAGCCAUUUACUACGUUGCAUAUCCAGCUUCAGAGUGGCCGAUUUGACAGUGCAGAUCGGCAGUUCCAUUCCAUUCCUGCUACGUGGCAAGCGCUCAUGGAGAAUCCAAAUGAUGUGAAGGAGCUAAUCCCAGAGUUCUUCUACUUCCCAGAGUUCUUGGAGAAUCAAAACAAUUUCAGCUUGGGCCAGUUGCAGAUCUCAAAAGAAGUGGUAAAUGAUGUUGUCCUCCCAAAAUGGGCCCAGUCACCGGAGGACUUCAUUUUUAAACACAGGAAAGCUUUGGAGUCAGAGUAUGUCUCUGCUCAUCUUCAUGAGUGGAUAGAUCUGAUUUUUGGCUAUAAACAGAGAGGACCAGCUGCAGUGGAAGCUCUAAACGUCUUCUAUUACUGUACUUAUGAAGGAGCUGUAGAUCUUGAUGCCUUGACUGACGAGAAAGAAAGGAAAGCUUUAGAAGGGAUGAUUAACAAUUUUGGACAAACACCUUGUCAGCUACUAAAGGAGCCACAUCCUACAAGACUGUCGGCAGAGGAAGUGGUGCAGAAGCAGACUAGAAAUGAAAAUGCCACCCUUAAUUUGUUCCAGUAUCUCCCUGAGCUGAAGUCAUUCUUCAUUGAGGGGAUCAGUGAUGGGGUACCUAUUGUAAAAUCCAUUGUCCCCAGAAAUCAGUCACGUUCCUUCAUGUCACAGGGGAGCCCAGAGAUUUUGGUAACAGUGAGUGUGAACUGCAUCAUUGGAACCCAUGGUUGGCUACCUUAUGAUAGAAAUAUCUCCAACUAUUUCACUUUUCUGAGAGAUCAAACUGUGACAAAUCCCAAAACACAACGAAGUGUAAACGGCCCUUUUGCACCAGGACUGGAGAUUACACCCAAGUUGUUUGUAGUGUCUCAUGAUGCAAAACUGCUUUUUAGUGGAGGGCAUUGGGACAAUAGCAUCAGAGUGACAUCGCUUACAAAGGGAAAAUUGAUGGCACAGCAUAUUAGGCACAUGGAUAUUGUGACAUGCUUAGCUAUGGAUUUCUGCGGGAUCCAUUUAAUGUCAGGCUCAAAGGACACCACCUGUAUGAUAUGGCAAAUUGUUCAGCAGGGAGGAGUGCCUAUAAGCCUGGCCCCUAAACCUUUGCAGAUUCUAUAUGGACAUACGAAUGAGGUAUCUUGUGUUGGCAUCAGUACAGAACUGGACAUGGCUGUCUCAGGGGCCAGGGAUGGCACUGUAAUUGUCCACACAAUUCGGAAAGGUCAGUACAUGAGGACUCUGAGGCCACCCUGUGAGAGUUCUCUGUUGCUCACUGUUCCAAAUCUUGCUGUGUCCUGGGAAGGACACACAGUCGUCCAUACAAGUGUAGAAGGAAAGACAACUCUCAAGGAUAAGAAUGCGCUGCAUCUCUAUUCUGUGAAUGGAAAGUAUUUGGGCUCUGAGAGCCUGAAAGAGGAAGUGUCGGAUCUUUGUGUGUCUGGAGAAUAUAUUGUAAUGGGGAGCCUACAGGGAUUUCUAUCUGUAAGAGAUCUCUACAGCCUAAGCCUCAGCAUCUCUCCGUUAGCAAUGCGACUGCCAAUUCGCUGUGUCUCUGUUACCAAAGAGUUGAGUCAUAUUCUGGUGGGCCUAGAAGAUGGCAAGUUGAUUAUCGUUGGCGUUGGGAAGCCAGCAGAGAUGCGUGUGGGCCAGCUCUCUCGAAAGUUGUGGGGUUCAAGCAAGAGGAUCAGCCAGAUUUCAUCAGGAGAGACUGAAUAUAACACACAAGAUUCCAUGUGAUUUCUGCUCCUGCCUUCUCUCGGGGAUUCCACAAAUUUAUUUAAUCUUUUGAUUAUUUUCUAAUCAUCUUUCAACUUUCUCAGUUAUAUUGAAGCAACAGCACAAUUUCCACAGGAACAUAUGCAGAUUAGCCUAUAGCAUCUGUCAUUUUUGUAAUUGUGUUAAUAUGUUAGAAGUGGAUGCAAUAAGCUAUUGUGUGUGAGAUAUAUACAUACAUAUGUUUGUGUGAUUCACAUGUGAAUGCUGGCAAUCAUGGGAGCAUUUUGUGAAUAUCUGAAAAUGGAUAUCUAGAAACAUUUGGGACAUAAACCAGUGACUGCUGAUAUAUACUUUUUAAGUCAGCAUUCACUGAUAUAAACGUUUUUGAACAUUUACCAGAUUUGUUUGGGAUUAUUUGAAUGUCAACAUCUCCAAGCUGUUGGUAUUUACUGUAACAUAUAUAUUUAUAAAAGCUGUGAUCCAGUAAACUUAUUUAAAGACACACAAGGAACUGGGUAUGCACAUAGCUAGAUUUCUUGCUUCUUUUUCAGUGUAAUAGCUCUUGCAAACACUGAGCUAGCUUGAUGUUUGAAGGUGGCCUGGGGAUAGCAGGGAAGAGCCGCUGCCAUGCCAAAAAGGAAGCAAAAUGCCCAAUUUAACAUCCAGAUAAGGGCAUGGAUAGUCUACUGAAUCUUAAUCAAUGCCUUUAAAUUACUUGUCAGAUGUAAACUAACACAUUUCCCUUUUUCAUUUCCAAAGGCUUUUUAGUUCCAAAAAUCUGAAUUUGAAAAUUAUUCAAACGUUCUGGAUUUUGGGGGGGGGGCUUUGAGCAAUUUGGGUGGAUAGUUUGCAAUAUACCAUUUAGAUACAUCAAUUUGUUUCUACAAAUGAUGUUAGUAUUCUGUUGUCUGAGGUCUGUUCUUCCAGCAGCACAGUAAUGGUGUAAUUGUACCACCAUUACAAUGGUAAUGUGUGGUACCAUUUCAAUGCCACACAUUGGUUUGUUAAUACAUAAAGAUGAAUGUGAGGGAAGUGGGAAGCAGCAUGCUGCUCUAAACCAGUUUUUGCUGCUGAAAAUCAAACUUGAGCAGUAGGAUCAUUCUGAAAAGAAAACAUAUUGUUUAUGCACCUGAUCCAGCAAUGCCAGUCCAUACACAAUAAGAUUUUUACACCAGGAUAGUAUUUCUGGGUCCUGCACAUGCAAGAGGUGCUUGGUGUGGAGUGCAGUGUGAGGAGAUGCCAUAUUCCAGGAUCAGGGAAUGUGCAUGCCAUUCUUCUGCACUAUAGAUAUGCUGCUGAACAGCAGUGUUCACCUAUUGAGAGAGUGUGUGUGACUGAAUCCUCUUUGCGCACUCCAAAGAGUGAUCUGUGCUGUGCUAACAAUGGCAAUCAUUUGGUAAUGGGGAAAAGAUCAUCCUGUGCAGGCCUGUGAUAUACUAAUGUGUCUUAACUCUGAAGAUUAUUUUAGACGCAGGAAAAGUAAAUAGAAGAAUCUAAGCACCACAUACUUUUUAGCUAUUUAUUUUGACUGAGCGGGAGCCAUAUUUUGCCACAUUUUUCUGCACAAUGAGAACCAUAGUUUUGAAUGAGAGCUGAAAGAUCUAUUUUUUAAAAACUAUUUGAGAGUGAUUCUAGGUCAUUCUGUGAUGGAUGAAGCCAAGGCCUUCAUUUUAGACAUGGGUAUUUGCAUAUGAAAUUUCUGGCCUCCAGGGCAAAGUCUGUUAUUUUGUUAACGUAUGUUGAAAGGCUUUGUUUGUGGGAAGAGUAUAGUUUAAAACACGGUAUUUUGUGUAACUGAUCAAGAAAUUAUUAGUUACCGUAUUCCAGUGCACUAUGUACACAACUGGUGAAAGUGAGCUUAUCACUUUUUUCAAUCUUCUUUCCAAGUUGGAAAGUUGAUGAACUGCAUGAGAAAUAAAAGCAAGUUUGGGAUUAUUCCUUAACUUUUGUGCAGAAGUCUUUUGACAUUUUAUAAUUAUUUCAGAAAUAGAGGAUCUGUGGCCCUUCAGAUGUUGUUGGACUCCAGUUCCCAUCAGCCCGUCAACAAGGCCAAAGGGCGAGGAUGAUGACCCUUGGAGCCCAGCAACAUCUGGAGGGCCAUAGAGGUUCCCCAUUUCUUCUGAUGUAUUUAUUCAAAGAUUCGUUGCUCUUCUAUUGUGCUCUUUGUAUUAUACAAACAAAACACCUUUUUAUUAAUCUUUGUAAUCAGUGGGACCUCUGAAAAGGCACACAUAAGAACUGCAUAUUUGAUUAGAAAUAAUUUUGUUGCUUAUUAUAGGGAUCAAUUGGGAUUUAAGGGAUUAAUGCAAUUUUCCCACAGGGCUGAACUUGAAAAUAUGAUUAUGGAUGUGAGAGCAAGUUAAAUAAAAGCAGGCAUUAUUGUAGCAAUACCAAAAAUAAAAUGCUUAUGAAUGCGAAAUUGGUUUAUUAGGAUUUUAGAAGUGAAGGAGUUUUCUAGAUUGAGACAUCUUUUUUUUUAAAAAAGUGAUAUCAUGAGAUUAUAUGUGGCACAGUGUAUGUUUGAGGGCAUUACAUUAGAUGGUUUUCUAUAACUGUAUAUAUGAAGUGUAUAUAUUCUGGGUUUUUUAAAAAAGAAUUUUAUAAAGAAAUGUCUAGCUAGUAAACAAAGACAAAUUUGUAUGGGCUUCAGACUAGCAAACAAGUGAUUGUGGGAAGUAUCCAUAUGCUCUUUCUUAAAUGAGUUUCAAAAGGCGUUCCAACAAAACUUUGAGUAGUUUCUGAACUUCUGACUUUUUGAGACAACAGUUCAGGGUAGCCAACAUGGUAACUUCCAGAUGUUGUUGGGACUCCAACUCCCAUCAAACCAAAUCCCAUGGCUAAUGAUUGGGUGACUGUAGCCCAACAAAACCUGGAGGGCAUCAUGUUGGCUAUCCCUGCAGUAGGUAAUUAGGAAUGGAAAUGUCAGGUAAAUGUAAAUGUCUGUAGAGGGAACAAACUUCCAUUUGCAGGAGAGUUGCACUCAUCCCGCCUUUCCCAACCAGUGUGCCUCCAGAUGUUGUUGGACCACAACUCCCAUCAGCCUCAGCCAGCAUUGCC